CGUAUGAUUUAUAGCCUACGUUUUCUUUUCAAACAGCGCCUGUUUAAUGAGGAACCAAAUCGCAGCUAUGUGUUUCAGACCGAGAGCAUUUCGUGGCUGGUCAUUUUCAAGACCAGCUACUAGCGUUAGCUAACCUGCCUGUCUUGCGAUUUUACUGUUGUUUUUAACCUUUUUUAAUAAAUUUUUUUACAACAUUAAGGGGUCGAGAUGGACAACAAUCAGCUGUCCAGAAAGAGCACGGACCGGUCCGACCUGGUUUCUGAGGACGGUAAAAACAGCAAGUCUGUCGUGUGCCAACGCUGCGGAUCCAAGGUGCUGUGCCCGGGGAUGGCUGUGUUUGCAGAGAAAGAGCUGUUCCUACCAUCCAUGCGGAAAAAGGGCGGCCUCAGCACCACAGAGGGCUCAGUGGACGGGGACACUCUGACCGCCCACUGGUUUGUGGACGACAUGUACACUUUUGAGAACGUUGGCUUCACUAACGACGUCGGGAGAAUCAAGUAUCUCAUCUGUGCAGAUUGUGAGAUUGGACCAAUUGGCUGGCACUGUUUGGAUGACAAGAAAAGUUUCUACGUCGCUGUGGAAAGGGUGAAUCACGCCUAGUCUGAAUGCAUGUGAGAGCUCACAAGACCUUUUUAAAAAAAUAAAUAAAUAAAUGUGUUGGCGGGCUAUGCAUCUUUUCAUGCAUUUACUCCCAGCGUUGAACCCCAACCUAAUCCAACACACACAUACACAUAUACACUGUCAUGUGUACAUUGGUUAUAACAGGACUGUGUCACUUUCAUUCUCUUCCAUCACACUGACCGUAUGACCAUCCUGUUCUAAUAAAGAAAAUCUGUUCCAGUCAGAA